AUGCUACGUUCUUAUUCGCUCCUGAAACAUUCUGCCCAUCUGGCGAGGGCCGUGCAACCGCUUGCCACACCUCGCCGCGUUGCUCUUCGCUUGCAAAGCACAGCGGCGUCAACAACGGUGCAGGAUGCACCCGACUCGUUUGCCACAGGCACGAACGGGCACUAUGCGGACGAGAUGUACCGUCAUUGGAAGGAGGAUCCCUCCUCGGUGCACGUUAGCUGGGAUGCGUACUUCAAGGGUCUGGAAGAAGGCCUGCCCAGUGACCAGGCGUUCAACCCAGUUCCCUCGUCGCUUGCUCCAGGAUCUGCUGUGAUCGAGGACAUGCCUACGCAAAAGGUCGACGAUUACCUCAAGCUGCAGCUGCUUGUCCGUGCGUAUCAAGUACAGGGCCACGCAACGGCCCAGAUCGAUCCGCUCAACAUCAUCAAUGUGGAUCGCGAGAAGCACAUCCCCAAAGAGCUCAGUCCGGCAUACUACGGAUGGUCCGAUGCCGAGCUGGACAAGGAGAUGCAGCUGGGCCCUGGUCUCUUGCCCAACUACCUUAAGAAAGGCAUCAAGAAGCUCACCAUUCGCGAGGUGAUCAACGAAUGCCGCAAUAUUUACUGUGGCUCUAUUGGGUUCCAAUACGUCCACGUUCCCUCCCGCACCUCCUGUGACUGGCUGCGUGAGCGGAUCGAGGUGCCGGUGCAGUAUAAGUACAGCACGGAAGACAAGCGCCGUGUGCUUGACCGUCUUACCUGGUCUGACUCGCUCGAACGUUUCAUCGCUUCCAAGUACCCCAACGAGAAGCGCUUUGGUCUUGAGGGUGGCGAAUCGCUCAUUCCCGGUCUCAAAGGCCUUAUUGACCGAUCCGUCGAGUAUGGCGUGCGCAAUGUCACGAUCGGUAUGCCGCACCGUGGCCGUAUAAACGUUCUUGGCAACGUUAUUCGCCGUCCUAUUGAAGGCAUUCUUCAUCAGUUUGCUGACAACACGAAUGAAGAGGGCGGUGGUGACGUCAAGUACCAUCUCGGCGCUAACUAUGUGCGUCCGACGCCCAGUGGUCAUAAAGUGGCGCUUUCCCUUGUUGCGAAUCCCUCGCAUUUGGAAGCGGAGGACCCCGUUGUUUUGGGCAAGACCCGUGCUUUGCAGCAGUUCUCCAAUGACAAGCAACAUCAGCAGAGUAUGGCGUUGCUGAUGCACGGUGAUGCCGCAUUUGCUGGCCAAGGUGUUGUAUACGAGACGAUGGGUAUGUACAAUCUGCCCAAUUUCGCCACCGGUGGUACCAUCCACAUUAUCGUGAACAACCAGAUUGGGUUUACUACCGACCCGCGCUUUGCACGCUCCACACCGUAUCCAUCUGACAUUGCCAAGGCAAUUGACGCGCCCAUUUUCCACGUCAACGGCGACGAUGUCGAAGCUGUCGCUUUUGUGUGCGAUUUGGCUGCCGACUGGCGCGCCAAGUUCGGGAAGGACGUUGUGAUUGAUUUGGUCUGCUACCGCCGCCAUGGCCACAAUGAAAUGGACCAGCCCUCCUUUACGCAGCCGCGCAUGUACGACGCGAUCAACAAGCAGGUUUCGACCCUGACCAGGUACGCGGAAAAGCUGGUCGAGGAGGGCAGCUUCAGCCAAAAGGAGAUUGAUGAUCACAUGAAAUGGGUCUGGGGCAUGCUCGAGGAGGCAUACGAGAAGAGCAAGACGUACGAGCCCGAGGAGCAACAGUGGCUUUCGAGCGCAUGGGUGGGCUUCCCUUCCCCUCGCGAGCUUUCGGAAAAGAUUCUGGACCAGCACGACACGAGCGUUCAACGCGACAUGCUCGAAUACGUGGGCAAUAGCUCGGCCAGUUAUCCCGAGGACUUUACGGUCCAUCGCAACCUCGCUCGUAUCCUUAAAAAUCGCCGUAAGUCGGUCGAGAGCGGGAAGGACAUCGACAUGAGCACGGCCGAAGCACUUGCGUUUGGUACGCUCGCCAUGGAGGGCAUUAUGGUGCGUGUCUCGGGUCAGGAUGUCGAGCGCGGCACAUUUUCCCAGCGCCACGCUGUGCUGCACGACCAAAAGACGGAGGAGACAUUCACGCCGCUGGCUAACCUCUCUCCGGACCAGGCCGAGUUUCAGAUUUGCAACAGCUCGCUCUCCGAGUUUGGCGCGCUUGGCUUCGAGCUGGGCUUUUCCCUCGUGGACCCCAACAACCUCACCAUGUGGGAGGCCCAGUUUGGUGACUUUGCCAACAAUGCGCAGUGCAUCAUCGACCAAUUCAUUGCUUCUGGCGAGCGCAAAUGGCUGCAGCGUACCGGUCUGGUGAUGAAUUUGCCGCACGGAUACGACGGCCAAGGUCCCGAGCACUCGAGCGCACGCCUCGAGCGCUUCUUGGCCCUCUGCGACGAUCAUCCUUACAAGUUCCCUGCGCCGCACGAGCUUGCGCGCCAGCACCAGGAUGCAAACAUGGCCGUUGUAUACGCGACGACGCCCGCCAAUGUAUUCCACGUUCUGCGUCGCCAAGUCCACCGCGAUUUCCGCAAGCCGCUGAUUCACUUGUUUAGCAAGUCGCUCCUGCGUCAUCCCGAGGCGCGGUCCAGUAUCGAAGACUUCUUGCCGGGCAGCUCUUUCCAGCGUUUCAUUCCCGAUCCGCACCACAGCGAAGGCAAAGAUGCGCUUGUGGAGCCCGACCAGAUCAAGCGUCAAAUCUUCUGUAUUGGCCAGGCUUACUAUGCGCUGCUUAACUACCGCCGUGAGCACGAUAUCAAGGAUGUUGCCAUUUCGCGUAUUGAGCAGGUAUCGCCGCUCGACUAUGAAUCCAUUGUCAAGGCGAUGGACAAGUACCCCAACUCGGAUUUGAUGUUUGCACAGGAAGAGCCGUUGAACAACGGCGCUUGGUUCUACCUUGAUCCUCGUCUGCGCUUGGCCGCGAAACAGACAGAGCAUCACAAGGAUAAAGGGUUUAUGGUAUCUUCUCGACCCCCCUCGAGCUCUGUCGCGACAGGUCACAAGGGUGCGCACUUGGCUGAGCUGCAUGCUUACCUGCACGGUGCGUUCGAUAUGGACCAAAAACCGUUCUAG